UUUUUAUUUUGAUUAAAAAUUACAUGGUUUUACAAAAAUAUUUUAAUUUUUUUAUAACAAAUGGACACACUUGUCUUUUUAUCUUUUUUGUUCUUAAGAUUUUAACAUAUAUUUUAAGUUACGUUUAUGGGAUAUUGAACGCAUCUCUAAGGAUGCAUUACAUAACUGUGUUAUCUUCUUCGCAUAGGUGCGAAUUCAGAUGCUCCAUGUACGGAGCACAUUUCGUAAUAGCUAUGUGGGUCAUACGGGACUGGUUUCUUUAAGAUUUUACAUUGUGCGCCUUUGGUAUUUUUGCCUCGUUCGAUCAAAUGCCACACCUUGAUCGACGAUUUAUCUAAUAUUUUCACAGAAACUUUUCUCCAUCUAAAUAAGGAAAUAUCGGUAGAGGCUCAACCAUUAAUUAUGACAAAUAUAAAUUAUAGUUUAACUUGGAAAUGUUAACUUGACAUUUUAUCGCAAUUUAAGUUUAAUAUAUUGCUUCUCAGAUAUUUUCUUUCAUUUCAUACAUUCCGUUUCUACAUAUUGCAUAAAAACUAAAUGUUAUAAUUAAAAUUUAUUUUACUAUUUCUUUUUAAAAAAUAUUUUGUUAAAACAUUUUUAUUUUAUUCCCAAUAUCUAAAAAUUGACGAAAAAUAAACAAGUCUAAAAAAUACGAAUUGCAUCAUGAAUUGCAUAAUGAAAUUAAAUUGUAAUUCAUAUAGAGAAUUUAUUAUAAUAUAAAUUGAUAUGCAGUAUAAGUAUUAAUCGAAUAAAUAUCGGUAAAUUUGGCCAUUAAAUCUUAAAUUUUAAUUAUCAUUGUUUAACUGUUAAGCUUCAACGUUUAAUAACAUUCGAAACAUUAUACUGAUCAAGUAUUGCACAUACAUAAUUUCGUUGAAAUAUCUAAAAAAUUGGUUAUAAUAUAAAUAGAAAAUAAUUUUAUUGGACAUUUUUAUAUACAUAAGUAGAAUCAUUCUUUUUGUAUACACAAUACGAUUAAUUUCUUACAGAUUACAAUAAUUGGUGACGCAAAGAAAAAAAUAACAAGACUUGUGUAAGAAGUUUGCCACCGUAAUUGCAGCGGCAUGUGAUGUUUCUGCAAGAAUGCCAAAAGUAGUCGUCCUUGCCAGUUUGUUUUCUUUCACCCAAUUUUAAUACAGAGGCCAUGGGGGUUCAGUUCAAUUUCAGUAUUCGAGCAGCUUUGGCGAAAUUAAAUACAAUUCUUUCAAUCAUCUCCGUCAAUAUUAUAACUUUUUUUAACUAAAGUACAUUUCGUGGUUUUACAAAAUCACGUGUGCUUAUGUGUUGCAAACAUUCCUUACUAAUCGUUAAAUCGGAAGAAAGACAUGCGCGCGUGAUCGAAGGUAAUAAAAGAAAUUUAAGUACCGCGCACCUGUGUAAUAAGAGAAAUAUAGAAGGUACACUCAGCGUGCGCGUAUGUGAAACUUAAUGUAAAAUGUGCAUAGUAAAAAGAAAAAAAAUCUGUGGACGCGUUACGACUGCUAAGGGGCCUUCGGAGAUUGCGUUUCAGCUAGAGUAAAAUGAUAAUUGAGUUACGCGACGGACGAUAAGUGCGCAUUAUCAUAACGAUUUGAAAUUGUUGUGCGAGUCCGGGUGCGCCCGAAUUUGCGAAUCCGCGUGUUCUCCAAUGUCGAUACGCGGCGGCUCGGGAUGCACGCGAGUGAGAUGCGACAUCAUGUUGUAUCGAGAUUUGAAACCAUUGAUUAGUAUUCGUUUCUCGCAACCUUCUUGCGCACUAACUCGCGUGCCGUGUUGCCUUGAUCAUAAAACAACGUAAGGCUGACGUAGUCGAUCCUCGUGCUAUGCAGAUUUACGGCUGUUUCCGACGCAACGUUAAAAAGCUGCAGCUAGUUGUUAACAUCGCAUUAUUACCGGAGAACAAGGUGGCGAUUGAGCAUCGCGUAGUGCUCGUCACGAAUUACCGAUUUCCGUUUAUCGUGUUAAUUAAUCAUCAGGAUUUACGAUUAAAGAUAAGCAAAUUGUGCUUGCGAAUUACUUGCGGUAUCGCCGUAAUUAUCGUAUAACGAAAUUAUAUUAAAAAUGAAGAAUUGGAGUCUCAAGACCACCGAGAUCUGGAAGGACUGCAUUACAUCGCAAGUAUGCAAUCGCCGUAAGUCAAUAAAAUAAUUUGCAGAGUCAAAAAGUAAAGAGAUUAUAUCACCGAAAGUCAACGAUCACAUAUUUAAAUUGGCAACCGAGGUCUUUCAAAUAUCAAGAUUAUUCAAGAUGAACGAGAUUUCAUGGUGGCCUACCUCAACUUGAUCAAGUAAUGUCAAGGUCCCAACUUUCUAAAAAACGGAAUCGGCCAAAUUAUGCACGAAAAUAAGAGACUGGAAACGAUAUGUAUCAAAGAGACAUGGUGGCCUACCUCAACUUGAUGGCCUAUCUCAACUUGACCAAGUAACGUCAAACUCCCAACUUUCUAAAGAGCAGAAUCGGCCAAAUUAUGCAAGAAGGUAAGGGAAUGGAAACGAUGUAUUAAAGAGAGCUUUCCGGGCACUGUAAAUACAUACGAGAGAGAAGAUUGGCGAGGCGAAUUUAUGCCUCGCUGUAAGAACCGAUUCACGAUGUUGGAGUCCUGCCUGGCGCUUUUGUCCCUGAUCGGCCACGUCGGUGGGAUCCUGCCACCGGCAGUUCUCGAAACGGUGCAACACUUCUUCGCGGGACUCCCGACGCGGAACGACCUGGCGCGGGACGGGGAUGCGAUGCCCGACCGACGUUACCUGUCUUUCGACUUCCUCGUGAUCGGCGCCGGCUCCGCCGGGUCCGUACUCGCGAAUCGCCUGACCGAGAACCCCGACUGGAACGUCCUGCUGCUCGAGCAGGGCAGGGACGAGAUCUUUCUCACGGAUAUCCCUUUCCUGGCGCCGAUCCUCCACGUCACGGACUACGCCCUUACGUACAAGGGCAAACCGCGGCCGCAAGACCCACGUGGCCACAGUGGAUAUUGUCUCUCGAUGGUCGACGGCCGUUGCAACGUGGUGACUGGUAGAGCGGUCGGCGGUACCUCGGUGGUGAACUUUAUGAUCUACUCGAGGGGCACGCCGACCGAUUACGAUAGCUGGGAGGCGCUCGGGAAUCCUGGUUGGAGCUACAAAGACGUGCUGCCCUAUUUUAUCAGGUCCGAAAGAUGCAGGCUAAUCGACAAAAACAUAAGAUAUCACGGAUACGACGGAUAUCUGGAUGUCACGACUCCUCCUUACGCCACUCCUCUAAGGGAAUGUUUCUUGAAGGCUGGCCAAGAACUCGGUUACGAUCUGAUAGAUUACAACAGCGAUAGGUUCAUCGGUUUCUCGACUGUGCAAGCGAAUUUGCGAAACGGUCAUAGAGUCAGCGCCAACAAGGCUUUCCUCAGGCCGAUUCGAAACAGAGAGAACUUCCAUUUAUCCAAAUAUUCGACAGCGACAAAAAUUAUUAUUGAUCCGAUAACAAAAAAAGCCAUGGGCGUUCAAUUCGUAAAAAGUCAUAAAACGUAUUUUGUCUCUGCUACUAAGGAGAUUAUACUUUGUGCGGGUACUUUGGGUUCACCACAAUUACUGAUGCGCUCCGGGAUAGGACCAAGGGACCAUUUGAAUUCAUUGGGCAUCGGUGUAAUUGAAGACCUUCCGGUGGGAUUUAAUUUACAGGAUCACGUGAGCAUGUCAGCCUUAACAUUUUUAGUCAACGAGAGCGUUUCUAUCAUCGAGCCACGUUUAGGUUCGAAUCCAGCUGAUUUCCUGAAGUACCUGAUAAACGGGACCGGUCCUUUAACGAUACCCGGGGGCGCCGAAGCAUUAGCCCUCGUUAACACCAAGGCUAAUAACUAUAUGAAGAAAACGCAGAGGGAGGGAUCGAAAUUUAAAUACAGUCAACGUGUAAAUAUAUACAAGAAUAGCAAGCAGUAUGCUGUCCCCAAUAUAACUUCCAUCACCGUUAAUCGCAACGUCUUCAAGACGCAUCCUCACGCUAACACGAUGUCAGAGGACGACUAUCCCAACGUCGAGUUGGUGUUAGGCGCCAGCUCGUUAGCCGGCGAUGUUUCCGGCAGCUAUCGCGGCCUGCUAGGAUUAACGGAGGCUUUUUACGAGGAGGUUUACGGCGAUUACAAGGGCUUCGACGGCUUCAUGAUCGUACCCGUGCUCCUGCGACCCAAGAGCCGCGGUAGACUUACCCUGAGAAGCAGCGAUCCAUGGGACUCGCCGAUCGUGGACAUCAAUUAUUACGAGCACGAGGAUGAUCUGAAUACAAUGGUGCAAGCGAUAAAGAUUGCGAUCGAAGUAGCUUCCACGAAGGCGUUCAAGCGUUUCAAAGCUACGCUGCUGCCGGUACCGUUCCCGGGAUGCAAGCACCUCGCUUUUAAGAGCGACGCAUACUGGGCCUGCACCGCCCGUCACGUGUCGACGACUCUGGGCCACUACGCGGGCACGUGCAAGAUGAGCACCCGGCGGAAUUCGGGGGUGGUGGACCACAGGCUGCGGGUGCACGGGAUCGACGGUCUCAGGGUCGUGGACGCCAGCGUGAUGCCGACCAUAAUCGCCGGUCACACGAACGCGCCGGCGUACAUGAUCGCCGAGAAGGCCAGCGACAUGAUCAAGGAGGACUGGAAGGGUUCCGCUUCGUGAAACGUGUGGGAAGCGGGAGGAAGUGGAAAGACGCUACGAAGACGUGCGAAACGUGGGACGCGUGAUCGCGAAGGGGCGAGGAAUGUGAUGAACCAGGAGAAUCCUUUUCUGGAUUCGUAGAGGGGCAAUAGAGAGACAUCGAUGCCUGUGCACGAUAAACACAUUUGAUCUUGAAACUUUGAAGAGAGAAGAUAAAAGAGAAAUGUUUUAUAUAAAACAAUGGGACGUUACAUAUGAAGAAUAAUUUACAAAACGUAGUGAAUUAUCAUUGUUAGAAAUAAAAUACAAUAGUGUGGAAUUAUUGUGUGACGAUGCUUACGCAUGCGGAGAUUGAAUGACAUUUUGCUCACAUAUAUAUGUCCUAGUCAAUGAUAGGCUAUUUUUUAAUUGUAUAAUAAUAAAAAAGUAUAGAUAUAUAAUAAUCUAAAAUUAUUAUAUGUUAAUCUUAAAACAAAAUGCUUUAGAAAUAUUUUUUGGAUUUUGUUUCUUCACCUU